AUGUUUAGAAAGGUUCCUACUAAACAAGUCAAUCGAUUGGCUAAAUAUAAGAAUAUCACCACUCGGUCGAAUCCUCAUUCAUAUAAGGUUUUGCCAAGUAGUGCCCCAGGAGAGAUGAUGAUUGGAAAUUCAAUGGUAACGAGUACUUCUGCUGAGGUGAAGUGUUACUUUUCCAUGAGUUGUCAGAUGAAUUUGGCAUCUGCUUCGAGUUCUUCCUCCACUUCAGGUGUUGAUGAUUCAUCCAUUGUCUAUGUGAAUAGUGCAAAGAAGGCACCGAGAGCUAUUGGACCUUAUUCACAAGGUGUGAAGGCAAAUGGUAACUUUUAUAUUAGUGGAUGUUUGGGAAUUGAUGGUGAGGUGAAUGUUGUGAAAACAACUGUUUUAUUGACUGAUAUUAAUGAUUUCCAAGCUGUGAAUGAAGUUUACAGUGAAUAUUUCUCUGGUGACAAUAAGCCUGCAAGAGUUUGUUAUGCAGCUUCUGGAUUACCAAAGAAGGCCAAAGUUGAAAUUGAAGCAAUUGCUGUUUAUAAGGAAUAA